GCGCGUCCACCGCGUCAUUGCGCGUUGACGAAGAGGAUGAAGAUGAAAGUCGCGUGAGCGCGGACCGAGCGAAGUGAUGACGAAGAUGAUGAAGACGACAUCCCGCCGCGUCGUGGCGGGAAGCUGAUUGCCUACGUCACGUUUUCAUCCCACUUUGAACUUGUUUUCUUUUGCUUCCUCAACGUGACGUCAUCAGAGUUAAGUUAGACGAGUUCUGUUCGCCAUGACGCCGAUUGCUGCUGAGUCGACUUUGUGACGUCAUGUGGACGCUUACUGAGGACGAGAGAGUGGGAGUGGUGCUGUUCAGCUUCAGAAGCUCUCUGCCACACACGUUGACGUUGGAACUUGGCGAGACAGUUUUCAUCCUGGAGAAAUGUGAAGGCUGGUUCAGAGGCUUCUCCAGCAGGAGGUCAAACAUCAAAGGUGUUUUCCCAUCAAGUUACAUUCACUUGAAGAAAUGCACUGUUACCAAUAAAGGGUCUAAGGAGACGGUGGUGCCCGUUGAAGACGUCGUUGUUGCUGAGGUGACCUCGACACUUCAGGAAUGGGCGUCUCUAUGGAAACAACUCUAUGUGAGACACAAAGUGGACUUAUUCUUCAAGCUGGGUCACGUGAUGUCGGAGCUGAUUGAUUUGAGGAGACAGCUGCUGUCCGAUCAGCUGACACAUGAGCAGAACCGAGAAAUCAAAAGACACGUGACGGCCAGACUGGACUGGGGAAACGAACAUUUAGGUUUGGAUUUGGUGCCAAGAAAAGAGUUUGCAAUGGUGGAUGAAGAUCAGAUCAGCGUUUCAGAUCUUUACAAGAUGCAUCUUAGCAGCAGACACAACGCUCACCACAACUCUUCACAGGCUGACCAGAACGGGCGCCAGAAACAGGGCGGCGACGCAUGCAAGGCUCCCGUCGCUCAUCACCUGCUGGUCAAAUUGAAGAGUUUCACCUCCAACAACAUCGGCGAGGACACCGACAUCUUCGUCUCGCUCUACGACUUCCGAGAGGGAAAAACCAUCAGCGAAAGGUUUAUGGUGAGACUCAACAAAAAUGGAGGGCCGAAAAAUCCUGAGAAGGUGGAAAGAAUGUGCGCUCUUUUCACGGACUUAAGCAACAAGGACAUGAAGCGAGAUCUUUACAUCAUCUCACAGGUGAUCCGAACAGGGCGAAUGUUGCUGAAUGACAGUAAAAAAGGUCCGCCGCAUAUUCGAUACCGUCGACCUUACGGCUGUGCUGUCCUUGCCAUGAGCGAUGUCCUGCAAACCAUCUCAGAACUUAGAGAGGAAAAAGACUUUGUCCUUAAAGUCUACAUCUGUAACAACGAGAACGAGUGGCAUCAAAUCCAUGAAAACAUAAUCCGCAAGUCCAGUACCAAAUACUCGGCCCCCGGGAACAACUACGGCCUCAUCAUCUCGUUACAGCUGUUACGAGGCGACUUGGAGAAUCUCCGCCGAGAAAACAAAGCCAUGCUGAGCGGAGGCCUGGCCAUGACACGCAAGCUGGGCUUCCCUGAUGUCAUUAUGCCAGGGGAUGUGCGGAACGACCUGUAUUUGACGCUGGAGCGGGGCGACUUUGAAAGAGGAGGAAAAAGCGUUCAGAAGAACAUUGAAGUUGGCGUUUUUGUGCUGAGCGUUGACGGAGAGCUUGUGAAGGACUGCAUUAGCCUGGGCUGUGGCGAGCCUAACGUUGCGGAGCAUCGCUCUUUUGUGCUCUACCACAACAACAGCCCUCGGUGGAGCGAGGCCAUCAAACUGCCGAUUCCCAUCGACCGAUUCCGUGGGUCCCACCUUCGCUUCGAGUUCAGACAUUGUUCCACGAAGGACAAAGGGGAUAAGAAACUGUUUGGCUUUUCCUUCACGCCACUCAUGAGGGACGACGGCACCACGCUCUCCGAUCAAAGCCAUGAACUCUUCGUCUACAAGUGUGACGAGAACACAACCUUCAAUAACCCCGCCCACUAUUUGGCCCUGGCCUGCUGCAAAGACCACAUAAACGUCGGUCCUGGCGUGGCGACCAGCCUUCUCUUCCAGCGCAGCACCAGGGAGACCUUCUGGAUCUCCACACAGCUCUCGUCCACCAAGCUCACCCAGAACGUGGACCUGCUGGCUCUGCUGAAAUGGAAAGCACAUCCGGAUCGAGUCACAGACAUCCUUGGCCGCCUACGACACAUCAGUGGGGAGGAAAUAGUCAAGUUUCUUCAAGAUAUUCUGGACACAUUGUUCUCCAUUCUGGAUGACAACACAGACAAAUAUGGACCGCUUGUCUUCCAGAGUCUGGUUUUCAUCAUCAACCUGCUCAGGGACAGCAAAUACUUCCACUUCAGACCUGUCAUGGACACGUACAUCCACAAACACUUUGCUGGUGCUUUGGCUUACAAGGAGCUAAUCCGAUGUCUCAAGUGGUCUAUGGAACGUUCUACUGAGGCGGUCCGACAGGAUCACAUCCAGGAAGUCAUGAGGGCUUUGGAGUAUCUGUUCAAGUUCGUCAUUCAGUCUCGGAUUCUUUACUCCCGUGCCACCUGUGGGAUGGAGGAGGAACAGUUCCGGAGCAGCAUCCAGGAACUUUUCCACUCAAUCCGUUUAGUUAUCAGCCUGGACCGACCCACCUGUGAGACCCUCAUCUUCACACAGGGUCCCCAGCCUGGUCAAGGCCCAAGUCAGGCUCCAGGUCUAGGCCAAGCCCCACCCCCUUCACCAGGCCAGGGUCCCGGUGGGGGGCAAACCACCUGUGCUCAGGUGUCAAGCGCCAACGCCGUGCGGCCGCCACCUGUGUCAGCUGCGCUGUUCAACUCUUUUCCGACCAUCUUUGAUGAGCUGCUGCACAUGUUUUCAGUCCAAGAAGUGGCAGAGUUUGUGCGUGGCACUUUGGCAAGUUUGCCGUCCACUCUGCACAUCGGACACUCCAUGGACGUGGUCAAGCUGCAGUCCAUUGCACGCACCGUAGACAGCAGGCUCUUUUCUUUCCCAGAGUCUCGAAGGAUUCUUCUUCCUGUGGUUCUUCAUCACAUUCAUCUCCAUCUGAGGCAUCAAAAAGAGCUGCUGAUGUGCUGUGGGAUUCUCACUUCUCUGUUCUCCGUGAUCAAGACCACCUCGCUGGACACAUCGGUGCAGGAAGAAGUGGAGAUGAUGGUGGAGUCUCUAUUGGACGUCCUCCUGCAGACACUGCUGUCAGUCAUGAACAAGAGCCAAUCACAGGAGGCGGUAAGAGGUCAACGCUGUCCGCAGUGCACCGCCGAGAUCACCGGAGAGUUUGUGUCCUGCCUGCUGUCUCUCCUCCGUCACAUGACCAACGUCCACUUCGAACACCUGAUGGACAACUAUCAGAGCAAGGAAGAGCUGAAGGAGUUCAUGAUGAAGAUUUGGUGUGUGUUCCGACAUCUGAUGAGGCUGAGUAUUUUCCCCCGCGACUGGAAUGUCAUGAGGCUGCUGACCAGCCACAUCAUCCUGACUACGGUGCAGCGUCUCUCACCGUUUCAGCACAACUUUGCAGAAGCAGACUUUGACUUUAAGGUGUGGAGUUCCUAUUUCAGCCUGGCAGUUUUAUACAUCAACCAGCCCAGUUUACAGCUAGAAAACAUGAGUCCAUCAAAGAGGCAGAAAAUCUUAGACAAGUAUGGAGACAUGAGGGUCAUGAUGACAUACGAACUCUUCAGCAUGUGGCAGAACCUUGGCGACAACAAAAUACAUUUUAUCCCCGGGAUGAUUGGUCCAUUCUUGGGAGUGACACUGGUGCCUCAGGUGGAGGUCCGAAAUACCAUGAUCCCAAUCUUCCAUGACAUGAUGGACUGGGAGCAAUGCAAAAAUGGAAAUUUCAAACAGGUGGAGGCUGAACUGAUCGACAAGCUGGACAGUUUGGUUUCAGAAGGCAAAGGCGACGAGAACUACAGAGAACUCUUCAGUUUGCUAACUCAGCUGUUUGGGCCAUACCCCAGUCUGUUGGAGAAGAUCGAACAUGAAACGUGGAGAGAGACCGGCAUCUCCUUUGUUACGUCAGUUACUCGACUGAUGGAACGACUUCUGGACUACAGGGAUUGCAUGAAAGGAGACGAGACAGAGAACAAAAAGAUUGGCUGCACGGUCAAUAUCUUGAACUUUUACAAAUCUGAGAUCAACAAGGAGGAGAUGUAUAUCCGUUACAUUCACAAACUCUGUGACUUGCAUCUGCAAGCAGACAACUAUACUGAGGCAGCUUUCACUCUCUUGUUGUACUGGGAGUUACUGCACUGGGAUGAGCGUCCAAUAAAAGACUUCUUGCAUUAUCCUGCUCAGUCCGAGUGGCAUCGCAAGGAGGCGCUCGGUCGCAAGGUUAUCCACCAUUUCAACAAAGGAAAGUGUUGGGAGUUUGGAAUCCCUCUCUGCAGGGAACUGGCUUUCCAGUAUGAAUCGUUGUACGACUACCAGAGUCUUAGCUGGAUUAGGAAAUUGGAGGCAGCCUAUUUUGACAACAUAAUGGAGCAUCAACGUCUGGAACCUGAAUUCUUCAGGGUUGGAUUCUACGGCAGGAAGUUCCCUUUCUUCCUCAGAAACAAAGAGUUUGUGUGUCGCGGUCAUGACUAUGAACGGCUCGAGGCCUUUCAACAGAGGAUGCUGGGAGAGUUCCCACAGGCCAUCGCGAUGCAGCACCCAAACCAACCUGAGGAAGCCAUUCUGCAGUGUGAUGCUCAGUACCUCCAGAUUUAUGCCGUAACGCCAGUUCCGGAAAAUGUUGGUGUCCUUCAGUUAGACCGAGUCCCCGACAGGAUCAAAAGCUUUUACCGGGUCAACAAUGUUCGCCGUUUUCGCCACGACCGACCUUUCCACAAAGGACCGAAAGACAGAGAUAACGAGUUCAAGAGUCUUUGGAUCGAAAGGACAACUCUGAUCCUUGCUCAUCCUUUGCCUGGAAUUUCACGCUGGUUUGAAGUGGAGAAGAGAGAGUUGGUGGAGGUGAGCCCAUUAGAAAAUGCCAUCUGUGUGGUGGAGAACAAGAACCAGGAGCUACGGACCUUGGUCAGUCAGUAUCAACAAAAACAGCUACACAACAACGUCAACCUCCUCAGCAUGACGCUCAACGGAGUCAUCGACGCCGCUGUCAAUGGCGGCAUUGCCAGAUACCAGGAGGCUUUCUUUGACAAAGAUUACAUCAGCAGCCACUCCGAGGACAGCGACAAGAUCACACAGCUGAAAAAUUUGAUGCAAGAGCAGGUUCACAUCCUUGGAAGCGGCCUGGCUGUGCACGAGAGAAUGGUGCACCCAGAAAUGCGUCCACUGCACAAAAAGCUGAUAGAUCAAUUCCAGGUGUUAAGGAACAGCCUCUGCAAUGGACCAUGUGCUUUCGACAAAGCGAACGCCACCAAGGGGAUUGUGGCCACUCAGAGUCUCGUUAGUCCCGAGAGCUUCAAAGUACACCGUCACAGUGAGAUGGCAAAUGUUGGAAAUCUUUUCAUUCUGGCCGACGGCGUGCUGGCUGAGCACCGCGAAGACUUCUAUGGCAUUCAGGCAAGCCACUCCUCCUCCAGCAUUAGCUCCACCCACUCUGCCCCUUCUCAAUUAAUCAACUCAGCCUUGUCAACAAUUAAAGAACAAAGCAGAAACAACAGAGACAUUUUGAUGCUGUUUCCGCCACAGCGAGAACGUCCGAGCAGCGUCUUGUAUCAAAACUUCAGCGAGAGCGGACAGCGAGCAUUUUUGCAUCAGGUGAUCAGUCCAGGUUGUAAACCCUGCAGUGAUCCCAACCUCUCCUUUACUGACAAAGUUCUGACCGCCCCCAGUAGUUGGAGUUUGGACAGCGGUACCAGAGAAGCCGUGCCUGUUCUAUCCGCCCACAUUGGGAACAUCAUGGCGCCUCCUGUUCCCCCACGAAAUGUUCCACAUGGCCAACGCCUGUCGAUGCACUUUGAUGCUUACCACCACCAACUCAGUGACCUCCCUCCUGCUCUCCCUGCGCGAUCCCUAAGAAAGUGUCCCCAGCAACCUUCACCUGCCUCGCCCACCAGUCCACCGUCCCUCCUGUGUGGAAGUAACUCCACCUUGUCAGGCAGCAGCAGCUCAGGAGUCUUCACUCUCAGCGAAAGUAACUUGAGCGACCCCCCGUCCGGGCGCACUGACGAGUCCGUCCCUAACAGCCAGGCCUGGACUACGGAACAGGAGGAACUGGACUCACCUUACUGGCUCAUCGGGUACGACGUCUCAGAAUGUGAAGUUCCGGAGCCUUGUCGAAGCCACGCUUCUUCAGGGGUCACUGCGCCUCAGGGGUUCCGAACCCCCAGAACUGGUACACGAACGCAGAUCAAAGAAGGACCACCGCACUACCAAGAUGUCCAGCACGCUCACCACUUCCCCCCUCAUUACAUCCCCACUUACUUGCCUCUUGACUCCUUGGUUGAGCCUCCUUCUGCUCUGUCACACAAACCGUACCUCAGUUUCCCUCAGGAGAAACCUAUGAGCAGCCAGCCCACACAAGGAGUCCUCAGACCUGCGUCAGGCAGCAGCUGCCUUCCUCUGUUUGUUGCCACGAAGGAGGACCAGUCCAAGGUGGCAUGGGGCCAUGGCAUCAGUCGCGAUUAAGAUGUGAUUAGUUUCACAUUUAAAUUUAACCCACACAGUAAAAACUGAUUUUUAAAAGUGAUAUUUGUAGGGGUGCUAAAUUUAACCCACACAGUUAAAACUGAUUUUUAAAAGUGGUAUUUGUAGGGGUGCUGCCACAAUUACCAGACGAAGUCGAACAGCUAUGUCUUUUAACCAUUUGGAAAUUUUUCACGUCAUCUCAUUAUUCUCAUACAAAGUAACAAUAUAACCUUUUUUUUGCAGAAAUGUACCUAAUUUAUUUGAUCUUGUGAAAAAGUACAGAUGUUAACUAUAUAUGUAUUUACAAAUAUACUCUUUUUUUGUAUAGAAUUCAACAUGAGCACUGACCUGCAAUCAUUCCUGCACAGAUUGUGAUUUAUUAAACAUCAUGCUUAAUAAAGAACAUUUGACUUGUU